AUGCCAGUCUGGGAUGACAACAAAGAGGUCUACUGCCCACUCCUUAUCUACCCCGUCCAUUUACACACACACACACUCACUCAAAGGUGCUUACACAUACACACUCAGAAGUGCUUACACACUCACAGGCGCUUAUUCACACACACUCGGAGGUGCACACACACGCUUAGGCAUGUAAACACAUACAGACUCAGAGGCACUUACACUCAGAGGCUCUCACACACACUCAGAUGCACUCACACACACACUCUGGUGCUCACACACUUAGAGGUGCUUACACACACACUCAGAGGCAGUCACACACACACCCAGAGGCACUCACACACACACUCAGAGGCGCUCACACACACACCCAGAGGCACUCACACACGCUCAGAGGCGCUCGCACACACGCUCAGAGGCGCUCACACACACGCUCAAAGGCACUCACACACACUCAGAGGCAGUCACACACACACUCAGAGGUGUUCACACACACUCAGAGGCGCUCACACACACACUCAGAGGCGCUCACACACACACCCAGAGGCACUCACACACGCUCAGAGGCAGUCACACACACACUCAGAGGCAGUCACACACACACUCAGAGGUGUUCGCACACACUCAGAGGCAGUCACAACACAGAAGGGCUCACACACACACUCAAAGGUGCUCACACACACACUCAGAGGCGCACACACACACUCAGAGGCACUCACACACACACUCAGAGGCGCUCACACACACACCCAGAGUCACUCACACACGCUCAGAGGCAGUCACACACACACUCAGAGGCACUCACACACACACUCAGAGGUGUUCGCACACACUCAGAGGCAGUCACAACACAGAAGGGCUCACACACACACUCAAAGGUGCUCACACACACACUCAGAGGCGCACACACACACUCAGAGGCGCACACACACACUCGGAGGCACUUGCACACACACACUCGGAGGCACUUGCACACACACACUCAGAGGCACUCACACACACUCAGAGGUGCUCACACACACUCAGAGGCAGUCACACACACACUCAGAGGUGCUCAAACACACUCAGGGACACUCACACACACUCAGAGGUGCUCAAACACACUCAGGGACACUCACACACAAUCAGAGGUGCUCAAACACACUCAGAGGCGCUCAUGCACACAGGGGCGCUCAAACACACUCAGAGGCGCUCACACACACUCAGAGGUGCACACACACUUAGAGGCACUCACACACACACUCAGAGGCACACACACUGAAAGGCGCUCAAACACACACUCAGAGGCGCACACACACACUCGGAGGCACUCACACACAUACACACUCAGAGGCGCGCACACACACAGAGGCACUCACACACUCAGAGGCUUACACACACCCAGAGGCACUUGCACACACACAUACACUCAGAGGUGCUCACACACACACUCAGAGGCACACACACACAUUCAGAGGCACUCACACACACACACUCAGAGGCGUGCACACACACUGAGGCACUCACACACUCAGAGGCUUACACACACCCAGAGGCACUUGCACAUACACAUACACUCAGAGGCGCUCAUGCACACACUCAGAGGUGCAUGCACACUUAGAGGCACUCAUACACACACACAGAGGUGCACACACUCAAAGGCGCUCACACACAUACUCAGAGGCGCGCACACACGCAGAGGCACACACACUCAGAGGCUUACACACACCCAGAGGCAUUUGCACACACACAUACACUCAGAGGCGCUCACACACACUCAGAGGCACUCACACACAUGUGCACACUCACAGGUGCACGCCUGUCUGCUGCUGGAGACAAGAAUGUGUAGUGGCCACCCUCCAUCAGGCUGCCUGUGUGUGAUGCUUGGCCCUGGGAGCCUCACCUGCAGUCCAGCCCCCCAGGCUUCCACGUGUGUCCCUUCACAGCACACACAGCACACGGAGGAAGAUUCCAGUGUCCUUUGAGGAAAAACGUUGUUGUCACUGCACAGUGGCCCCUCCCUCUCCUAAACCUCCAAGUGUGGGAACUGCCUCCUGCAGGGGUAGAGCAGAGAUUGCACAGCUGGUGACACCUGGGGGCUUCCAGGAGUCAAAGUCCUGUGGAGGUGAGGCCCAGAGAGGUCAGGUGUUCGCCUCGGCGUCACAUCCAUGCUGGAACCAGAACUUUGGCUCCUGACCUCCAGGGCCCAUGGCCCUUUCCAUCGGACACAGCAUGAUGCCUGCCACAGGACCAGGGUUCCUCCUUGACUGCCACCUCGCUUGGUUCUCAUUCAACUGCCUGGAGGAAGACAGAGGAGUGUAUGGAAGCCAGCAAACCAGGGGGCCCACCCAGGGUCACACGGCAACAAAGGACAGAGUCAGGUCAAAAGGUACCAGCUGUUGUGUUGUCACCGGGGCAGUGGUGGCCGCAUGUCCCCCAGGGGGCCGAGGCUGGGUGUGCCCAGGCACACCUUGCUGGCACUGGCACAUCCAUUCCAGGAGAGAGACAGCAAGAAGGCCAGGUGUGUGUGCGGUGUGUCACCAGGGACAAGGCGGGUGGGAGUGGGGCUGGGGGAAAGGGUGAGGGCAGAAAUGAAAGCAGGUGCCCUGACCUAACUGACCCCACGGGGCGUCACUCCCUGCUGGCUUCUGUAGGAUGCACCAGGUCCCGAUUACAUUUAUUUGCCUCCUAUCUUCCUUCCCAAAAGGAUGCCUGCAGUGCAGUAAGGUAAGGUAUGCUGUAAGAAGGAAAACCAGAACCAACAGGAAAACACAGGAAGGGGGCUGGGAGUGAGGCUGGUGCUCAAAAAGCGGGCGGCAAGUCCCACGCCCCUGCCAGGCCUGGGGCACGCGGUUUGCUCUUGAGGUUUGUCCAGGAGCCAGCAUACGGACAAGCAUGAUUCUACAGAAAUUAGAGCUCAGUCACGCUGACUACACACGAGGCUCUUUGCAUGUCAUUUAUUGUCAUAACAACCGUCAGGGAGGCAAUACUGCUAUUUUACAAAGCACCUUAGGUUGAGGGACGCCAAGAACUUAACUGAGGUCCUCACAUGGCCACUUAGAGGUGGAGGAGGUGAAAAGCCAGAUCCUGAGAGCCCCAACUGUUAGUCAUCAUCUUUACAAGGUCCGUAUGCUGAGGACAGGGAUGCCAAGAGCACUGUAGCGGGUAAGGAGAAACAGCUGUGGCAAACACAGCAGUUUGCAGCUCCUGGGAUGGGCCUGUUGCGGGAUGAAGUACUUCACCUCCUUUGCCACACCGUAUAGGAUUGGGAGGAGGAAGGGAGAGAGAUCUGACAGAGAAAAGAGUGUGGAUUUUGGUGUCAGCCACGCCUGGAUCAAACUUUGGCCUGACCCUCACCAGCUGUGCCCCUUGGGCAGUUUAUCAGUCUAUCUGGAGAGGUACAGCCAGAAUGCUCCUUAAAAGGGAGGACAGUGAGACUUUGUCUCACAUACUUUGGACAUGUUGUUAGGAGAGACCAGUCCCUGAAGCAGGACGUUAUGCUUGGUAAAGCAGAGGGUCAGCAAAAAAGGGGAAGACCCUCAACAACAUGGAUUGACACAGUGGCCGCAACAAUGGGCUCAAGCAUAACAACGAUUGUCAGGAUGGUGCAGGACCGGGCGGUGUUUCAUUCUGUUGUACAUGGGGUCGCUAUGACUCGGAACCAAGCCAACAGCACCUAACGACAACAACGACAUCCAGACUCAGUUUCCUCCAUCGUGAAAGUGAGAGCAGAGCUGGCAAAGGACUAAGUGACAGGUAUGUGGAGCAGCUAGUAUGUAGCCGAGCACCCACUCCACAGGUCUCAUCAUGUCAUCCAGGGGUGACCUUGUGGUCUGAGAAAUAAGUGAACUGACCUAGAGUCCCUUGGGGACUCACAGUCUGUGCCUUUUUAGCUGGUGUCGAAACCACAGGGAAGGGAUUUGGGUCAAAAGGCAGGUUUUUCAGGCCUGGUGAAAUCUAACUCUAAAGAAACAAAAUCAAGGAGAAGAAACACAGGGCAGGGAGACAGAAGAAAAGGAAAAAAAGGGAAGCGAAGAGAGAAAAGGCAGGUGGGGGCGGGGAGGAAAAAAGGAAAUACUGGUUUGCAGCUGAAGGUCUGAAGUAUCUGUUUCUUCCAGUGUUACAUAAAAGGCGAUAUUUUUUUAGGGAUCCAGAGACACUGGCCAGCAUAAUUGCUGGAAAGCAGCAUUGGAACAAACAUUCUAAGUCCCACUGAUUCUCAAUUAGCCAAGGAGUGACCACGGCCUUCGCCAGUGUUCACUGAGGACUUCAGAGUGCGAAAGCACUGAGGGUGCAGAGGUGAACGAGGCCUUCUCGCCUGGGCUGAGCGGCCGGGAGAACACCGCAUCCCUGCGCCAGGCGAGUCGGAGCUCAGAGGGGAGAGCCACUUUUUGUGGGUGGUGUUCAGGGCCUUUCUUCUCUUCCUGGAUCCCUGUUGCCAGACCACAGUGAAUACAGAGCUCCAUGGCAAGUGUGACGAGGCUUGGGACUGCCUGCCAUGGGGCAAGGGCACCCAGUAGACGUAUCACAACUGGAGGUCAAAAAAAAAAAGACCCCUCACUGAAGCGUUAUGGACUGAAUUAUGUCCCCCUUUAAGAAAGAGAAAACUUCUCUUUCUUUUUAAGGGGUUGAGCCCUGGUGGUAUAGUGGUUAAGAGCUCGGCUGCUAACCAAAAGGCUGGCAGUUCAAAUCCACGAGCCACUCCUUGGAAACACUAUGGGGCAGUUCUACUCUGUCCUAUAGGGUCACUAUGAGUUGGAACUGACUUGACAGCACCUAACAACAGCAACAACAAGGGGUUCAGGGGAACCCUGGUGGCAUAGUGGUUAAAUGCUACAGCUGCUAAACAAAAUGUCGACAGUUCGAAUCUACCAGGCGCUCCUUGGAAACUAUGGGGCAGUUCUACUCUGUCCUAUAGGGCCGCUACGAGUUGGAAUCGACUUGAUGGCAAAGGGUUUGGUUUUGGUAAGGGGUUGAAGUCUUACCCCUAUACAUAUGAACCUGACCUUGUUUGGAAAUAGGGUCUUUCUUUGAAGGUGUUGUCAGUUAAAUCCGGAGGUCCUACAGGAGUAGGGUGGGUCCUAAUCCCCUCUGAGUGACGUCCUAAAAGGGGAAAACAGACCCUGAGGCAGAGACACGAAGAGGGCAGACAAGAAGAUGUAUCCACAAGCCAAGGAAAACCAAGAAACGCCUGGGGCUACCAGAAGAGACAAGGAGGGCUCUUCUCCUAGAUCCACUAAAGAUAGUAGAGCUAUGAAUUCUGAUACCUAGCCUCCAGAGCUGUGAGACAAUAAAUUCCUGCUCUUCAGAGUCACCGCUUUAUGGCAUUUUGAAAUGGCAAGCCAGAGAAGACUAAGACGUGUGUCUGUAAUCCGCCUAUAAAAACAGUCAGAAAUAAACACCCUCCCCUUCUGCACAUCUUCUCAGGUUGCACGUUGUCUUCCAGCACCAUCUGGAAGCACAGCGGAUUCAAGUGUGCGCUCAGCUGUUGGGGGGCCUGGGUUUGUAGCCCGGCCAUGAGUGACUACCACUUGUACAGUCUUCCUGUGUAAAUCAGGGAUGGUGAUAGCAUCCACGCAGAGGGCUGCAUGAGGAUCAAGUCAGCUGACCCACACGCAUGUUAGAACACGGCUGUACUUUUUUUACCCGCUGUUAUUCCUCUUCUCCCUUCAAGCUAACCUUGAAAAUCAUUUUAACCAGGUGCCACCCAGAGAAAAGGGUAGAAGGCAGGCACUAUGUUUCCUCCCACCUUAAAUGCAACUCCGACCAUUUGUUUCCUGCAGAAAUGGGGAUGGAGGAGAUAAGAUUACAACACGUGGCUCUUCUGGCUGUUCCGCAAAAAGGGCCCAGUGUGUUGGACUCUGGAAUGCAUCUCCCAGAUCCCCCUUCAGGGAUGAAGGACUAUCCCCCACUGCUGGCAAUGCUGAUGGAAGAUGGGCCUCCCCUAUCAGUCCCCCGCCCAAGGUCCCACCCCAUCCCCAGGAAAGCCCACAUCCAAUGAAUGCUUGACUGCGGCCCUUCACCCAACUCAGGACACCUGUGAAGGAGAGGCUAAGGCUCAACCUCUCCCCCGACCAGCCCUGCUUCCUUCCCUUCCCCAGCGCUGAUCCCAAGUGCAUACUCAUCUUCAUCUCUGAGUCUGCUGAGCCAAGAGCCCAACCUGGGACACUUGGUAGGAAAGUAGUUGAAGCUAGUGGCUUCUUGUAGCUUCGAGAAGUUUUGAGAUUAUUUUACAUUUUUGCUUAUGUGAGUCCUGAAGCCACCCGCCAUUUUCAGUAUCCAAGUAUUAUAAUGAUAGCUUCUCAGGGAGUGGACUAGGUGGGCUUUGGUGGGCAUUUAAACACCCCAUAUCUCCCCCAACUCUGAAAUUCUCCUCCCCACUCCCCGUGCUGUCAGGGAGAGAGAGGGCAACCUGCAGGCAGAACGCACGGGGGCCCCGCCUCAUCAAUGGCACUGGAGAUGUCACAAUUUAAUUUAGCCACGUCUAGGCUCCCUCUCAGGGAAAGUGGUGGUUCACUGGUAGAAUUCUUGCCCUCCCUAUGGGAGACCAACGCACCUCAUGCACAGACACCACCCUGCUGUCACUGGAGGCUUUUGUGUUGCUCUGAUGCUGAACAGCUUUCAGCAGAGCUUCCAGAUGAAGAGAGACUAGGAAGAGAGGCCUGGAGAUCUACUUCCAAAAAUCAGCCAGUGGAAACCCUAAUAGGUCACAACGGUCCAAUCCAUAACUGAUCAUGGGGAUGGUGCUGGACCAGGCAGCGUUCCGUUCCUUUGUGCAUGGGGUCACCAUGAGUUGAGGGCUAGCGUGAUGUGCACUAACAACAGCGGGCUCCCUCGGAUUUGAGAGUUUUCUAAAGAUGAUGCGUUUGGUGCGAUCUGUCAAACACCUCGCUCCCUGCUCUCUGUAGAUGCCACCAGCCAUUUUGGAGCUGUGCGAGAAAUGUUCCAUUUGGUGGAGGAAAUACCUGUGUUUCUUUGGGACCUAUAACAAAAUCCUUGGGGCUGCCAACAGGUCUCUCCUGUUCACAUCCCGGAGGCUCCCAGAUCUCUGUCCAGGGUUCAGGGUGCUGGGUGAUGGGAAAAAUAACUGACCUGCCACAUUUACACAGAUGAGACCUCAUGAGAUCAGAGGAAAAUCCGAGGUUCCAUGAAUGCGGCUGGAAUGAUGCAGAAUGGGGCUUGGGCACCCCCUCCUUGACACUCAGUCCAAGAUUCUUUCCUCCCCAGCACCUCUGCCCCUGCCUCCACCAAGGGGUGCUGGGGGUGUAAUCAGGCUUCACCUCCCUUAAUUAACCAGUCGCCUUUGAAUCAACUCAGAUCUCAUGGAGUCUCCGACUCAUGGAGACCCCGACUCUGUGUGGGUCACGGGAGACCCGUGCCGACCCGCGGAGACUCCGACUCUGUGUGAGUCACGGGAGACCCGUGCCGACCCGCGGAGACUCCGACUGUGUGGGUCACGGGAGACCCGUGCCGACCCGCGGAGACUCCGACUGUGCGGGUCACGGGAGACCCGUGCCGACCCGCGGAGACUCCGACUCUGUGUGGGUCACGGGAGACCCGUGCCGACCCGCGGAGACUCCGACUGUGCGGGUCACGGGAGACCCGUGCCGACCCGCGGAGACUCCGACUGUGCGGGUCACGGGAGACCCGUGCCGACCCGCGGAGACCCCGACUCUGUGUGGGUCACGGGAGACCCGUGCCGACCCGCGGAGACUCCGACUGUGCGGGUCACGGGAGACCCGUGCCGACCCGCGGAGACUCCGACUGUGCGGGUCACGGGAGACCCGUGCCGACCCGCGGAGACUCCGACUGUGCGGGUCACGG